AUGAGUGAAAUAAAUUCAACAUUAUAUGAUAAAUAUGAUAUUCAAAUAUCGAAUAGUGAACGAAGAAAUUCAAGUAUUGCAAUACAAGAUUGUUAUAUUGUUUAUUUAAUUCAAUGCCGAGCAAGAACAGGAAUAUCAUCUAGUCAAGAUAUUCAAUCAUCAUGUGUUUUUCGUCGUUAUUCAGAUUUUGAAACAUUAAGAAAUUAUCUUGUUGCCAAAUAUUCAUGGAUUAUUGUACCUGUUUUACCCGAAAAAACAAUUUCUCAUACAUGGUCAAAAUCACAUCAAGAUCGAACAAGUGUAGAAGUUGUUGAACGAAGACGAAUUUUACUUGAACGUUUUCUACAUAAUUUAUGUGCUCAUCCAACAUUAUCAUCUGAUCCAGCAGUUAAAACAUUUUUACUUGAAAAUGAUGGUUGGAAACAUAUUGUCGAUUCAAGUCAUCUUAUUAAUAAAUCUGAAUCUUUAAUACCAUCAUUUAAAUUGAAUUUAAUGCAACAUGAAAGAACGAAAGAUAAACGAUUUCUGGAUGGUUAUCAAUAUGCAAUAGAUUUAAAUAAUGCAUUACAUUGUGUUCUUCGAUCACGUGCUAGAGUUGCUGAUCGAACAUUUCAAUAUUAUCAAUCUCAUAAUCAACUUGGUAGAUUAUUUAGUCAUUGGAGUACAAAUGAAGAUAAACUUGGAGAUUCAUUACAACGAGCUGGACAUUUUAUUGAUAGUUAUUCGGGACAAAUCGAAGAAUAUUUACAUGAAGAAGAUGCUUUAAUGGAUUUUUUAAAACAUCAAGCAUCUUAUUGUGAUGUUAUUAAAUCAAUUGUUGAAAAACAUGAAGAAUUAUCUGAAGAUAAUAAUAGACAAGAAACAAAACUUGGAGUAAAACGAACUCAUAGAGAUGAUUAUGCUAAUCAUAAAAUAAAUUUUUCUGUUAAUUCAUUUAAAUCAAAAUUAUUUGGUGAAAAUGAAGAAAGACGUUAUGCUAAAAUUGAAUCAAUGGAUUCGGAUAUAAAUGAUGCUGUUUUACAUUGUCAAAAUGCUGAUAUUCGUCUUAAAGAAUUCAAUAAAAAUGCCUUAAUUGAAAUUGAUUUUUAUAAAACAAUGAAACAAGAACAAAUACGUGAAAUUCUUCGUUCAUAUUGUCUUCUUCAAGUUCGAAUAGCUAAAUCGGCAUUAAAAAGUUGGACAAAUAUUCGAGAUUGUUUUUCAUCGGAACAAACUCCAUUAUAA